AUGACAUAUAUAGUAUUUUUAUUGAGUGUAAUGUUUGUAAUUGGUUUUGUGGGGUUCGCUUCUAAGCCAUCUCCAAUUUAUGGAGGGCUUGGGUUAAUUGUUAGUGGUGGGGUUGGUUGUGGUAUUAUUUUAAGUUUUGGUGGGUCGUUUUUAGGCUUAAUAAUGUUUUUAAUUUAUUUAGGUGGAAUAUUGGUAGUAUUUGGGUAUACAACUGCGAUAGCAACUGAGGAAUACCCUGAAACUUGAGGGUCAAAUAUUAUAAUUCUUAGUAUGCUUGUUUUGGGUGUGUUGUUGGAGGCAGGAUUAGUUAUAUUUAUGGCGGUGAGUGAUGAGGUUGAGGUUGUGGUGAGUUUUAAGAAUAUAGGUGAUUGGGUUGUUUUUGAAGGGGACGAAGUAGGUUUAAUUCGAGAGGACUCUAUAGGGGUGGCAGCAUUAUAUAGUUAUGGGAGUUGAUUAAUAGUGGUUGCUGGUUGAUCUUUAUUUGUGAGUAUUUUUAUUGUCAUUGAGAUUACUCGUGGGGGUUAG